AUGGACCCGGCAAAAUAAUAUUUAGUUAAUUGUGUUCAAGCUCUUCUUAAUUUACCUUAAACUCCUUAAGGAUUAGCAUCAGGAUAAACAUUAGAUAAAUUUAUGAUUGGGUAAGAGAAAAAAUCUUUAAUUCUUCAAUAUAUGUAAGGUUAAGGAUUAAAAUUAUUUAAUCCUAGUAAAGUAGGUAAAUUUGAAUGAAAUAUUUAGAUGAAUUAAAUCCAUAAACUAAAUUAAUUGCAAUAACUAAAAUUGAUACAGAUGUCAUAACUGAGGAUAAUUAUUUUACUAAUCUUACAGUCUAAUUAUUAUCACCUAAUGUAGUAACAGAAUUAAGUAAUCAUUUAUCAUUGAUCUAUUAACCAUUAAUGGGAGCAACUGUUGAUGAAAAAAUCAAAAAAAAGUUAUCAGGAUUCAAGUAAUGAAAUUUGAAUUAAAUUCUUAGACAAGUAUUAUAAGGACUGCAAGAAAAUGAUUUUGAGAAUAUACAAAGUGAAUAGAGAAAUGUGAGUAGACCAAUUGAUGAAAUAGAAUAAUGGCUAAGAAUAUCAUAAUCUGCUACAAGUUCAGAAAGUUAAUAAAGAACAGCAAAUUAAAUUUGUUAAAUUUACUAAAAAGUUACUUAAUAUUGGAAGGAUUUCAAAUCUAUAGAAAUUAAUAAAUUUAUAGAUUUGUUGGAUUAAACUUUAUAAUGUCUUGAUGAAUUAUACACAUCAUAAUUGUAUAAUGAAUCUAAAUUAUAAGGAAUGUUGUCUUCUAUUUAUAAUUCAAUCAUUAUUAAAUUAUAACAUUUAAUCUAAUAAGGAUAAUAAAUAUUUACUAAUUCUUAACAAUAAAAACUUUUAUUAUUUGAAUGUUAAAAAAUGGUAAGAAUAUUUGGAGAAAAUUUGAGAAAAUAUUUUGAAUAUGAUUGGAAAAUCAAUCCUAAUUUAUAAGAAUUUGAAUAAAUUGAAAAGAGAUUGAAUGAUUUAAUUGAACUUAGAAGUAUUUAUGAAGAAUUAAAGAGAAGUAAUAUUGAAUAAGAUUUCUUUAAGGAAUUAUUUGAAAUUAAUCCAUUUAUGUCAAUAGGUUAAGAUUCUUUAUUCAAUGUUGCUUACAAAAAAGUACUUAAUAACUUAGAAAGUGCUGAAUAAGAUAUUUUAAAUUUAUUGAGAUAAUAAGUUUUUAAGUAAUAAGUAAUGAAAGAAAAUCCAUUAUAAACAAUUAGAGAAAUGCAAAGAUGGACAGGAUUACUUUCAAGAAACUCUAUUUAAAAACAUUUUUUGAUGGAACGUGAUUCUUUAAUAACUUCGAUUACUAAUAUGAUCUCAAAAAUUGAAUAAGAAUUUAAUACUAGAUCAGGAGCAGCUUUUCUUGAUGAUGCAGAAGAAGAAAAAUUACCUUAUUAGAUUGGUUUUACUAAGAAUAUUCAUUAAAUUGUUUGGUGUAAAUCAUUAAUUGGUAAAGUGAAGAGAAUCAAUUAAUUGAUCUAACAGUUAUUUAGUGAUAUUAAAAAAUCAUCUUAAUUUAUUGUUAUGUGUUAAAAUCUUACAAAAUAAAUUUAGUAGUUUGAAUAAGAAUUAUUUGAUUAAUGGAGAAGAGAAAUAGAUUAACAAUUAAAAUAGAAUGAAUUAUCCUUAUAAAUUUCAGGUAAAUUAAUGGAAAUAGAUAUGUAAGAUGGUUUAGUUAGAGUUAAUUAUUCAGAUAAAUUAGUUUAAUUAAUAAAAGAAGUGAGAUAAUUAUGUGAGUUAGGUUACAGAAAAAAUAUAUCAAAUGAAAUACAUACAAUAGUGGAAACAGGAAAGAAAUUUUAUAAAGAAGCUCUAACUUUGAAAUCAAUAGCUAGCUUUUAUAAUUAAAUGUCUGAUUAAAUAAUAGAAUGUUAAAAACCAAUGUUAGUAAAUUAAGCAGUUAGAUUUGAAGAUACUGUAAAGAAUUCAAAAAAAAAAAACAGUAUAACUUGGGAAAAUACUUAAGAAUUAGAAAAUUAUGUUUAGAAAGUUUAAGAAUCUGCGAAUGAAAUAAUGUAAGAAAAUAAAAAAUUAAGAAAGAAUCAUUAAUAAAUAAUUGAUAAUAUUUGUUUAUUAUUUUAAGUUGAUUUAAAAUAAAAGAAUUUAUGGAAAGAGAAAGUAGAUUAGAUAAAGAAAAUAAUAGAAUAGACAUGCUAAACUAUUGAUAGUAAAUUUACAAUAGGAUGGAGAACUCAUAUUGAUUUUUAAUUAUACAAAGCUUUAGAAUUUUAGUAUAAGAAAGGAUUUUAAGAGAUGGAUCAUGCUAUAAAUGAGAUUUAAGCAGAUUUAAUUAUUAGAAAUGGUUAAGUUGUAUUUAAACCAUCAAUUGAAGAAUUAAGAGAGAAAUAUUACAAUGAAUUGAAAAAGUAUAUACAAUAUCCUUCUUAAUUUAUUGGUGUUGGAGGAAAUAAUGAUAUUUAUAUGUUAAUGCCAGAAAGAAAUGCAAUAUUUGUAAUAUAAGUAUAUGAGAAAAGUGAAUAGAUAUUUGAAAAAUUAAUAAAUCUAAGUACUUAAUAUAUGUGUUGGUCUGUAGUUGCCUUAUUAGAUGCUGAAUUAUUAUAAAUUUAAUUAGGUAAUUUAGAAUAAUGGGAGAAUUUUAUGAAAGAGGUGAGAUUGAGAAGAAAAGAAUUGGAAAAGAUUAAUGAUUUUUAAAAGAUUGAAUGUUUUAACAUUAAUAUUAGUCUAUUUAAAUAAUAAGUUGAUGAAUUGUUAACAAAAUUAGUAGAUAAUAUGUUAAAUGAAUUAAAGAACUAAAUUAAAAAUAAUAUGGUGGAAAUUGAACAAUUUUUAAGUGAAACUUAAUAGAAAUUAUCAUAGAAACCUUAAAAUAUGAAUGAAAUGAAUGAAGCUUAAAAGAAAUAUAUUGAUAUUAAAGCUUAAAAAUUUGAAAUGACUAAAAAAAUGUAAGAGUGUUAAUAAAAAUAAAAAUUAAUUAAUUCUCUUAGUUCAUUAUCUUAAGCAUAAAAUCCUAUUUUAUAAUAAUUAUAAUAAAUAAGUAAGAAUUGGGAAAAUUUUGAGUUACUUAUUGGAGAUUUUGAUUCAAUUUUAGCUGAAUAAACUAAAUAAUUAAAAAAGGAUAUGUAAUCUAGAGCAAAAGAAGUAGAUAGCGAUAUUGAGAAAUUUUAUGCUAGAUAUUCUGCUGUAAAACCAAAAUAAUUAAGUGAAUUAGAUAGACAAUCAGCAAAUGAAUUAGCAGAAAAUAUGACAUAAUGGAGAUAAUAAUGGAAAUAAUUAGAUGAGAAGAUUUAAACACUCAUUAAAGAUCAUUAACAUUUUGAAAUGGAAAUUCCUACAUUUACUUAAUAUGAUAAGGUUAAAGUGGAAAUGAAUGAGUCUGAAAUAGUAUGGUGUUAUUUUGAUAAAUUUUAAGGGAAUGUUAAUAAUCUAGGAAAAGAAGAUUGGUUAAGUUUCAGAACUAAAUUAUAUAUGUUUUAAGAAUUGAUUUUAUAGGAAUAAGAAUAAUUAAAAGCUGAAUUAAGUAAAGGAACUUUUACUAAAAAAGAAGCUAUUAUUAAUUAUAUUUUUAAUUAAAUUGAACUUUAUCUUAAAAUAAAUCCUUUGUUAAAACUUAUUGUAGGAGAUGCAUUUGAACCUGAACAUUGGACCAGUCUAUUUAUGAUUCUUAAAUAAAAGGAGAUGAAAAAGGAAAAGUUAUUAUUUAAAGAUUUAUUGAAUUGUGAUAAAUUAAUUUUAGACAAAUAAAAUGAUAUUAGAGAAUUGUAGGCUAGAGCAUAAGGAGAAAUCACAUUGAGAGAAGCUAUUUUUGAAUUAAAAACAUGGUGUGACACUUCUGAAUUUGAUUUGACUGAUUAUACUAAUAAUAAUAGAGUUACACCACUAAUUAAAGAAUGGAAAGAGUUGAUGACUAAAGUAAGUGAUAAUUAAUCAUUAUUGGCUUCAUUAAAAGAAUCUAAGUUUAUUUCUAGAUUUAAAGAUUAAGUAGAUUAAUUUGAAUUAAAAUUAGGUGGUAUAGAUGAAUAUUUAUCAAAGUUGUAAGUUAUUUAAAGAAAAUGGGUUUAUCUAGAACCUAUUUUUGUUAGGGGAGCAUUGCCUUAGGAAUAAGCAAGAUUCAGAAGAUUGGAUGAAGAUUUUAGAAAUAUAAUGUUAGGAAUUCAAAGAGAUUAAAAAGUUGUCUCUUUAUGUAGUAUUCCAGGAAUUAAAGAUACUUUAGAUACAGUAUUAGAUUAAUUAGAAAGAUGUUAGAAGGCUUUAAAUGAUUUUUUAGAGGAGAAAAGAGGUAAAUUUCCAAGAUUUUAUUUUUUGGGAGAUGAUGAUUUAUUAGAAAUAUUGGGUUAAUCUUAGAAUCCUUAAGUAAUUUAGAUGCAUUUAAAGAAAUUAUUUGCAGGGAUAAACUCAGUAGAAUUCAGUAAGGAUAAUACAUAGAUUUAUUCAAUGUUAUCAUCUCAAAAAGAGUAGGUUUAAUUUAAGAAUUCAAUAUAAGUAAAUGAGAUAGUAGAGAAUUGGUUAUCAGUGUUAUCUUAAAAUAUGAAAGAGACUCUGAGUCAAUUUUUAAAGUAAUGUUUGAAGGAGUAGGACAUGGAUUUUAAUAAAUAUCCAUCUUAAAUACUAUGUUUAUCAGAAGAGUAAAUAUAUAUAUAUAAAUAAAAUUAGAAUAAAGUUUACAGAACAAGCAGUUUAAGGAUUGAAUUCAAAUAAAUUAAGUUAAUUUAAGUAGACAUAAUUGAAAUUAUUGGAUUAAUAUACUUAAUUGAAUGCUUCUGCAUCAAAUAAUUAUCUUUUAUAAUUGAAAUUAAAAUCAUUGAUUUUAGAUUUGAUUCAUCAUUUAGAUAUAAUAAAUUAGUUGAUUGAUAAUAAGGUAAGUUAAUUGUAAGAUUGGUAUUGGUAUAAAUAAUUAAAGUAUGAAUAUAAGAAAGAUGCAGAGAUAAUAAUGUGUAAAGCAAGAUUUGAUUAUACAUAUGAAUAUUAAGGGAAUGGAUAGAAAUUAGUACAUACACCAUUAACAGAUAAAUGUUAUUUAACAUUAACAUAAGGAAUGUCAAUGGGAUAUGGAGGUAAUCCAUAUGGUCCAGCAGGUACAGGUAAGACAGAAUCAGUAAAGGCACUUGGAUAAUUAUUUGGAAGAUAGGUUUUAGUAUUUAAUUGUGAUGAAGGAAUAGAUUUUAAGAGUAUGGGACGUAUAUUUAUGGGAUUAGUUAAAUGUGGUGCUUGGGGUUGUUUUGAUGAAUUUAAUAGAUUGUUAGAAGAAUAGUUAUCAGCUAUAUCAUAAUAGAUAUAAAUAAUAUAGAAUGCAAUCAAAGAGAAUUCUUAAUAAAUGAUAUUGAUGGGUUAAACUUGUAUUGUAAAUAAGGAUUCAGGAAUAUUUGUAACUUUGAAUCCAGCAGGAAAGAAUUAUGGAGGAAGAUCUAAAUUACCUGAUAAUUUAAAAUAAUUAUUUAGACCAGUUGCAAUGUCUAUACCAGAUAAUGAAUUAAUAGCAGAAGUAUUAUUAUAUUCAGAGGGAUUUAAGAAUGCUAAGAUUUUAGCAGAGAAAAUUAUUACAAUAUUUACAUUAUCAAGAUAAUUAUUAAGUCCAUAAUAACAUUAUGAUUGGGGAUUAAGAGCAUUGAAAACUAUUUUAACAGUUGCAGGUUAAAUCAUAUAAGAGGAAAGGAAAUAAGGAAUAUCUAUUGAUGAAACAAUUGAAUCAGAAUUACUAAUAAAAUCAAUUAGAAUUAAUACUAUGUCUAAAUUAACUUAUCAUGAUACUAAGAAAUUUGUAUAAUUAGUAUAAGAUGUUUUUCCAAAAAUUAAUAGUUAAGAUAUUAUUUAUGAGAAAUUAACAAAUGCUAUAAAGGAAGUGUUAUAAAGCAUGAAAUUAAGUGAAAUAGAUAAUUAGAUUNUAAUAUACUUAAUUGAAUGCUUCUGCAUCAAAUAAUUAUCUUUUAUAAUUGAAAUUAAAAUCAUUGAUUUUAGAUUUGAUUCAUCAUUUAGAUAUAAUAAAUUAGUUGAUUGAUAAUAAGGUAAGUUAAUUAUAAGAUUGGUAUUGGUAUAAAUAAUUAAAAUAUGAAUAUAAGAAAGAUGCAGAGAUAAUAAUGUGUAAAGCAAGAUUUGAUUAUACAUAUGAAUAUUAAGGGAAUGGAUAGAAAUUAGUACAUACACCAUUAACAGAUAAAUGUUAUUUAACAUUAACAUAAGGAAUGUCAAUGGGAUAUGGAGGUAAUCCAUAUGGUCCAGCAGGUACAGGUAAGACAGAAUCAGUAAAGGCACUUGGAUAAUUAUUUGGAAGAUAGGUUUUAGUAUUUAAUUGUGAUGAAGGAAUAGAUUUUAAGAGUAUGGGACGUAUAUUUAUGGGAUUAGUUAAAUGUGGUGCUUGGGGUUGUUUUGAUGAAUUUAAUAGAUUGUUAGAAGAAUAGUUAUCAGCUAUAUCAUAAUAGAUAUAAAUAAUAUAGAAUGCAAUCAAAGAGAAUUCUUAAUAAAUGAUAUUGAUGGGUUAAACUUGUAUUGUAAAUAAGGAUUCAGGAAUAUUUGUAACUUUGAAUCCAGCAGGAAAGAAUUAUGGAGGAAGAUCUAAAUUACCUGAUAAUUUAAAAUAAUUAUUUAGACCAGUUGCAAUGUCUAUACCAGAUAAUGAAUUAAUAGCAGAAGUAUUAUUAUAUUCAGAGGGAUUUAAGAAUGCUAAGAUUUUAGCAGAGAAAAUUAUUACGAUAUUUACAUUAUCAAGAUAAUUAUUAAGUCCAUAAUAACAUUAUGAUUGGGGAUUAAGAGCAUUGAAAACUAUUUUAACAGUUGCAGGUUAAAUCAUAUAAGAGGAAAGGAAAUAAGGAAUAGCUAUUGAUGAAACAAUUGAAUCAGAAUUAUUAAUAAAAUCAAUUAGAAUUAAUACUAUGUCUAAAUUAACUUAUCAUGAUACUAAGAAAUUUGUAUAAUUAGUUUAAGAUGUUUUUCCAAAAAUAAAUAGUUAAGAUAUUAUUUAUGAGAAAUUAACAAAUGCUAUAAAGGAAGUUUUAUAAAGCAUGAAAUUAAGUGAAAUAGAUAAUUAGAUUUCUAAAAUUUUGUAGUUUUAUGAAGCAACUAAAUAAAGAAUGGGUGUUGUUUUAGUUGGUCCAUCAGGAUGUGGAAAGACUACAAUUUGGAAAGUAUUAAAGAAAGCACAUGAAAAACUAGGUUAAUAAGUAAAAACACAUGUAAUGAAUCCAAAAUCAAUGCCUAGAAGUUAAUUAUUAGGUAAUAUGAAUAAUGAUACGAGAGAAUUUAGCGAAGGAGUAUUAACAGCAUCAGCAAGAUUAGUUGUUAAAGAAUCAGUUGAUGUUUUAAAUUGGAUUAUAUGUGAUGGAGAUAUUGAUCCUGAAUGGAUUGAAUCACUUAAUUCUGUAUUAGAUGAUAAUCAUUUAUUAACAUUACCAACUGGUGAACGUAUAUCAUUUUAAAAUAAUGUCAACUUUAUUUUUGAAACAUCUGAUUUAUAAUAUGCAUCUCCUGCAACUGUUAGUAGAAUGGGAAUGAUAUUUCUUAACAAUGAAGAUAUUAGUAUGUAAUCAUUAGUUACUAGAUGGAUUAAUAAAUUAGAAUGUGAAGAAGAAAAGAAAUCUAUCCUAUUAAAUUAAAUUGAAUCUAUACUCUAUCCUUUGCUUGAUGAAAUAUUUACAUAUGAAGAACUUUAAAUCGUACCUACUACUAGAGUUGGACUUAUCAUGAACAUACUCUCAUAAUUACAUAGAAUUCCUAAUAAUAAAUAUUAAUUUAAUUAUCUAUUCUUAUAAGGAUUAUCUUCUAAUUUCUAACCUGAUGUUAGAUCCAAAUUAUAAACAUUAAUCAAUUCUAAUCUUGAUGCUAAUGAAAAUGGAGAUAAAUAUUAAUAUAUCAAUCAAAAUUAUGAUGAAUCAUCUUUUACAGAUGUUAAUGAUCCUCCUGUUAUUAAAACUAUUGGACAUUAAAAAGAUCUAUAAAUGUUAUAGUCUUGGAUUCAAAACAAUGAUCCAUUCAUUAUUGUUGGAGAAGAAGGAUGUGGAAAAAAUCUACUUAUCUAAAGUGCCUUUAGAGAACUUAAAAAAUAAAUCAAAAUUUAAAUCGCUACCAUUAAUUGUAAUGCAUAAACCAGUGCAUCACAAAUCAUAUAAAAAUUAAAUCAAAUUUGUGCUAAAGCCACAUCUGCUGUUGGAAGAGUUUAUAAACCUAAAGAUUGUAGUCGUUUGAUUCUAUAUUUAAAAGAUAUUAAUCUUCCUAAACCAGAUAAAUAUCAAACUAUUUAACUUAUUGCAUUCCUACAACAAUUAAUUACUCAUAGAGGAUUUUAUGAUGAAAACUUAGAAUUUGUCUUUUUAGAUGAUAAAAUCUAAAUUGUUUCAUCCAUGAAUCCUCCAUCCACUAUUGGAAGACAUUAAUUAUCAACUAGGUUUACUGCUAAUGUCAGAAUAUAUUACAUUGAAUAGCCCUCUAAUGAUGAAUUACAAUAGAUAUAUUAAGAAUAUUUAAAAAUUCUAAUAUUUAAAGAUAAUAAUCAAAGUAAAAAAGGUGCUUAAUUAUUGAUUGAAUGCUAUUCUCAAAUUAAACAAAAAUUUACAGUUGAUGAACAGAGACAUUAUCUUUUUACUCCAAGAACUAUCACUUAAAUAAUAUUUGCAUUAAAAAGAUAUAAUGAUAUCCAAUCAGUAUUUCCAGAAGCUUUAUUAAAUGAAUUCAAUAAAAUAUUUAGAGAUAAAUUGAUUUCUUAAGAUUAAUAAUUUAAAUUUGAUUAAAUGAUCUUACCUAUUUUUAAGAAAUAUUAUAAAGAUAUUUAACCUUAAUAAUAUUUUGCUACAGUAUAAAAUUUACAAACUCUAUCAAAGAUAGAAAAAAAAGACUUUAUUUAAUUGAUAUCCUAAGCAGUAUAGGUUUACUCUCGAGAGAAUAGAGAAUUAAAUGUUGUAAUGAUAGAGGAAAUAUUAUCUCUUUUAACUUCAUUAAAUAGAGCAUUAUCAUCUUAAAGUUAAACAACAUUACUAUUAGCUGGAAGAAAUGGAAUAGGAAGAAAGAUGUGUUUAUAAAUAAUGUGUACAAUGUUAAAUCUAGAAGUUCUAUAACCAUAUACUUGUAGAGAUUAUGGAAUAAGAGAAUUUAAAAGAGAUCUAAAAUCUUAUAUGGAAAUAGCAUAAUCAAAGAAUUGUUUAUUAAUUUUAGAGGAUCAUGUUUUAUUAUAAUAAGGAAUCUUAGAAACUGUUAAUUCAUUAAUUUCAAGUGGAGAAAUCCCAGGGUUAUUUGGUUAUGAUGAGAUUGAUAGAUUAAUAUAAAAUUAAGAGGAAGUAAAGAGAGAAUUUUAUGGUAAAACACUUUAUGAAGCAUUUCAUGAAAGAGUUAAAAGAAAUAUGAAAAUAGCUUUAGUAAUGGAUAAUACUAAUCAUGAAUUCUAAUCUAAUUGUGCAUAAAAUCCAGCUUUAUUUACAAGUACUACAAUAAUAUGGUAGACAUAAUUAUCAAAGGAAAGUUUAUUAUAAUUUAUGAAGAAAUAGUUAGAAUCUUCAAAUAAUAAUAGUAAUAAUAUUAGUGAAUAAUUAAUAAGUUAUGCAGUUGAAAUUCAUAGAAAUUAGAAAUCUGAUCCAAGAAGUUUUUAAUCAUUAACUUAAACUUAUAGUUUAAUAAUGGAUAAGAAAAUGUAAUCAAAAGGAUCUUAAGCAGAUCAUUUAUAGAAAGGUCUUGAAAAAUUAUAAGAAGCAAAUAAUUUAGUAAAUAAAUUAACUUAAGAAGCUUAAGAAAAGAAAGUUUUAUUAUCUAAAAAAUAAUUAGAAGCUGAUGAUGCAUUAUAAAAGAUUUCAAAAGCAAUGUAAGAUGCAGCAGAACGUAGAUAAGAAACUGAAUAAUUAUAAAGAUAUUUAUAAGAAGAAGAGGGUAAAAUAAAAGUAUCAAAAGAUAAAGUUGAAGAUGAAUUAAGAGAUGUAAAUCCAUUAGUUUAAGAAGCAUAAAAUGCAGUUAAAGGAAUAUCAAAAUCACAUUUAGAUGAAUUAAAAUCUUUAGCAUAACCUCCACCUGCUAUAUAUGAUGUUUUAUGUGCUGUUAUGAAAGUAUUUAAAUAAACAGAAAUUAAUUGGAAGGGAAUUAAGAAGUUUUUAGGUAAUAAAUAAGUAAUUGAUUAAAUUAUUGAUUUUGAUCCUCAUAUGAUAACAGCUGAUAUUAGAAAAGAUGUAGAAGAAGAAAUAGCAAAACAUUCAAAUUCAUUUGAAAAAUAAAAUAUUUAUAGAGCAUCUUUAGCAGCAGGACCAUUAGCUGACUGGGUAAAAGCAAUAUUAAAAUAUGCUACUGUUUUAGAGAAAAUAGCACCAUUAGAAAAAGAAUUAUUAAUGAUAAGUAAAAAAUUGGAUUCGUCUAGAAAUAGAUUAAAAUAAUGUUAAGAUGCAUUAAAUUAAUUAGAUUAAAAGGUUUAAGAAUUAAAGAAUAAUUUUGCCUCUAAAACAAGUGAAGCAGAAUUACUAAAAAGAGAUUUAGAAAAAGCAGAAUAAACAGUUAGUUUAGCAUCAAAUUUAUUAGAUAAAUUGUCAGGAGAAAAGGUUAGAUGGUAAUAAUAACAUGAUUUAAUUGCAUAAGAAUUAAAAUAAUUUCCAUUAGAUUCUUUAUUAUCUGCAUCAUAUAUAACAUAUUUAUCAUUACAAGAUGAAAAUGUUAGAUAUAAAACAUUAUAAGAAUGGAUUCAUUUAACAAAAUUAUAAUAAUAUGAUUUUUUGAAAUUUAUGUCUAAUGAAAGUUAAAUUUUGAAAUGGAAAACACUUGGAUUACCAGGUGAUUAAUUAAGUAUAGAAAAUUCAGUAAUGGUAUUUUCAUCUUCUAAAGUAUCAUUAUUAAUAGAUCCAAAUACAUAAGCAACAGAAUGGUUAAAGAAAACUUUGUAAGGAGCUGAAAUAUUGAAUUAAACAGAUCCUAAAUUUAAUAAUUAAUUAGAAUUAGCAGUUAGAUUUGGUAAGACUAUUGUAAUUUAAGAAAUUGAUUAAAUAGAAGGUUUACUUAUUCCUUUAUUAAGAAAAGACUUAUUACAUUAAGGUCCAAGAUGGGUUGUUAUGAUUGGAGAGAAGUCUGUAGAUUUUAAUGAAGGAUUUGUAAUGUAUUUAACAACAAGAAAUUCAUCAAUUCAUUUGCCACCUCAUACUGUUUCUUUAGUAUAAGUAAUUAAUUAUACAGUUACUAGAAGUGGAUUAGAAGGUAAAUUAUUAAGUAUAAUUAUUAAUAUUGAAUAACCAGAUUUAGAAUAGAAAAAAUAAUAAUUAUUAGAAAAUGAAGAAAAAUUAAAAAUGUAAUUGGCUGAUUUAGAAAAGACUCUAUUAGAUGAAUUAGCAAAUUCAUAAGGGAAUAUUUUAGAAAACAGAGUUUUAAUUGAUAGUUUAAAUUAAACGAAAUCUAAAUCAUAAGUUAUAGCUUAGAGUUUAUAAGAAUCUUCUAAUUUGUAAUAAGAUUUAGAUACUUAAAGAGAUGUUUAUAGACCUUUAUCUUAAAAAGGUGCUUAAAUAUUCAUUCUUAUUUAAAGUCUUUAAAAUUUAAAUAAUAUGUAUAAGUAUUCAUUAGCAUACUUUAUUUAAAUAUUUUAAAAAACACUAGAUAUAAAAGAGAAUUUUGAUUCGAAAUAGAAGAAGUUAGAAUUUGCAGGAUAAAGUCUAUUGAGAAAUAUAUUUAAUUAGAUAGCUGGUUCAUUAUUUAAAUAAGAUAGAUUAAUAUUUGCUUUACAUUUAGUAAAAGGAUGUAAACCAGAAUUAAUAGAAGAUGAGGAAUGGUAAUUUAUGAUUGGUAAUUAAAUACCAAAUGAUAAUGUUUAACUUCCUAAAUGGGCAUCUUAAGAUAGAAAAGAAAUAUUUGGUUAAUUAUAAAAUCUUAAAUUAAAUAUUAAUUUUAAUUCUAGUGAAUGGGAAUAAUGGAAUAAUAGUUAAGAAUGUGAAAAAAGCUUUCCAUAAUCUGCUAAAUUAAAACCUUUUUAAAAAGUGUUAAUUGUAUAAACAUUUAGACCUGAAAGAGUUUAGAGUGCAUUAAAUGAAUUUGUAUGUCCAAAUUUAGGAAUUCCAAGUGUUAGUGGUUAAACAUUCAAUUUUUAGAUAGUUGCUUAAGAAGAAUUAAGUGCAUAAAUUCCAUGUUUAUUUGUAGUUUCUGCUGGUAGUGAUCCAUCUAAAGAAUUAGAAGAAUUUGCUGAAUAAUAAAUAGGUAAAUAAAACUUUUAAGAAAUGUCUAUGGGAGGUAAUUAAAAUGAAUUAGCAUUAUCAUUAAUUAAAGAGGCUGCAUAAAAAGGUUAAUGGCUAUGUCUAAAGAAUCUUCAUUUAGUUAUUAGUUUUCUUCCUUUAUUAGAAAAGACUAUAAAAUAAUUAAAACCUAAUCCUAAUUUCAAAUUAUGGCUUACAACUGAAGCACAUAUGAAAUUCCCAUCAAUACUUCUUGAAACAUGUUAUAAGGUUUCAUAUGAAGCACCUCCAGGAUUAAAAAAGAAUUUAUAAAGAAUAAUAACUAGUUGGCCUACUCAUAUUAAAUAAUCUGUUUAUCAAACAUAAUUACUUUUUAUUCUAACUUGGUUUCAUGCUUUAGUUUAAGAAAGAAGAACUUAUAUACCAUAAGGUUGGAGUAAAUUCUAUGAAUUUUCAUAUGGAGAUUAUAAAGCAGGAGUAUAAAUAAUUGAAAAUUUAUUAUAAGAAUCUUAGACAAUUUCAUGGUAAACUUUAUAUGGAUUAUAUGAAAAUGCUAUCUAUGGUGGUAGAGUAGAUAAUGAAUAAGAUAUCAAAGUAUUAAGAGCAUAUUUAGAAACUUAUUUUAAUUAAAAUAAAUUAUAAAAUGGUACUCUUAGUACUGGUUAAUAAAUACCAUAAACUAAUUAAGUUAAAGAUUUAAUUAAUUUAAUUAAUAAAUUACCAGAAAAUGAUGUACCUGAAUUUUUUGGAUUACCUAAUAAUAUUGAUAAAGCUGUUUAAAGAUAUACAAUAUAAAGAGUGGUUAGUGGAUUAAAAUCAAUGAAUAAUAUAGUGGGAUCUGAAAUAAAAUUUGAUAAAGAAUUAUGGACUAAUUUACUUAGUCCACUUAUAAAUAUGUGGGAUCAAUUAAAAAUGAGAGAUAAUAUAUAAGUUACAAAUUAACAAUUAGGAUCAUUAGAUCCUAUUGAAUCCUUUAUUUAUUUAGAAGCAUAAUAAACUUGGAAUCUUUAUUUGAUUAUAAAUCAUUGCUUUGAAAAAUUAAAGAAUGUAUUAUAUAAUAAUGGAUUAUUAACUACUGAUAUUAUAGAUAUUGGACUAUUAUUUAUUAAAGAUGUUGUCCCUUAAAAAUGGAGUAAUUUCUGGGAAGGUCCUGAUGAUAUAAAUCUAUGGUUGAAAAUAUUUAUUAAAAAACUUAAUGCAAUCAAAUCAUGGAUGGAUAAAAUUUAAAGAAAAUCACAAUUAGAUGAAGUUGAUUUAAGUGAAUUGUUUCAUCCAGAAAUAUAUAUGAAUGCAUUAAGGUAAAAAACAGCUAGAAAAUUAAAUAUUCCUUUAAAUGAACUUAAAUUAUCAGCAGAUUUUGAAAAUCUUAAACAUCCUCUUGUAGUUAAAUUAAAGAAUCUAUUAUUAUAAGGUUGUGGAUUCUCUAAUGGUUAAUUAGUAGAUGAUAUGAAAAUAACUUCAGAAUUCAUCUAAUUACCUUCCUUGAAUAUCUCUUAUAUUGAAAAAUCUUAACCUGAAAAAAAUGGAUUAGGGGUAAUAUUCUUAUAUCUAAUAUUUCUAGGACUUUCCUAUAUAUUUAAAUGCCAGUCGAGAAAAAUUACUAUCCAGGAUUAAAUUAUCUUAAUCUGGACAAAUGAAUGAUAAAAUCAUAGCAGGAGUUGCUAUAUUUCUAAGCUAAAAUGAUUGA